AUGAACAGUGACUUGAUAAUGGACACUAACUUGUCCAAAGAUUUGAGUCAAGUUAGGGGUUUACUCUUCAAGUCAUUCUCAUUGCAAAUGAAACAGAAAAAGUCCAACUGCUGUCUAUUGUUCUUUCCAGUCAUUUGUUUGGUGUUUAUAUUCUUGUUACAAGUGGUUACUAAAGAUUUGACCAAUAAUUUUCUUUCUGAACAAGGUUUGGCAAAUACGAAAGUCAACUCAACCUCAGUUGAGCUAUCUCAACUGAUGGUUCAAGUGAAGAAUUCACAAAACUUGACUUUCAAUCCUCCAGAAUCAAUUUAUUUUUCUUCCAAUAGAAGGGACUAUCUGGACAAUAUUAAUUUUGGGCAACUUUCUUCAAAGUUUGGAGUUUCGAAUGGAUUCUUGAAAGAUUUCAGUCCGUUUUCAAGAAAAAUUCCAUCCAUGCAAGUGAAUGGUACUUUUGAAACAACUGGUAUGAUAUCAAUUCCAUACUCUGUCUCAUCAUUCAACAAUAGCACAGAAAUGGAAAAUGUCAUUUAUGAAAAAUUGGCAUCUGAUGGAAAAUCCAAACAUGCUCUUGAUGCUGUCGGUGGUUAUAUCAUUAAUCAAUUGACAACAUCAACCAGAGCUAUUUUAAACUACACAAUCCAAUACGAUUCCAAUGAAAAGUCACUUUUCUGUGACUACUUGUCCAAAACCAUUCCAAUCAGCUUUGUAAUCACAAGUUGCAGAAAUGUAAUGGGAGUUUCCAUGCAACAUUGGAUGAAUGACGCCUUUUUGAAGAAUAUUACUGGUAGAUACAAUAUCAGAACCUAUACAUCUCAAAUGAGUUAUACCAUUAGUUUUCCUUCGGCUAACAUUUCGGAUUUGUUGGGUUCAUUGUUUUUCCCAAUGAUAUUAUGUUUGCUGUUGCCUUCUUUUACGUUUACAAUUGUCAUGGAAAAGCAGUUCAAGUUGCGUGAAAUGAUGAAACUUAUGGGAAUGAAGAUGAGAUAUUACUUUCUUGUUUCGUAUAUGUUCUUUUAUGGAAUGUAUGCAAUUUCAGUUGUAAUGUUUAUAAUAUUCUCUGCACUCUUUAAUUUCAGCUUUGUUACCAAGACGAACCCAAUAAUUUUGACCACAAUAGUUUCCUAUCUGAUUGUUCUUAUUGGACCAAUGGUUGGCGUAAUUCUAGAUUCGUCACUUUAUACGAAUGUUCCAGAGUCCAAAUAUGGUAUCUUGACAAUCUUUCCAUUCCAAAUCACUCAUUUCGUAUAUGCUACCACAGCUGCGUGUAAUUCUGGCAAUGGUUGCAUCACCAACUUUGUCGAUAUUUACAACAAUAGCUCAGUAUUCUAUUCGUUGAUUUACAUGUUGGGAAUGAGUUUAGUAUACAUGAUUCUUGGAUUGUAUUUAGAUGCUGUCAUUCCCCAACCAUUUGGCGUGUCAAAGAGUCCACUUUUCUUUAUGAAUUGGUUAUGGAAACCUUUUAGAAAUAUUCUAAAGAAACGAAUCUCUGGAAAGAGAGUAAAACCAACAAUAGAUGAAGAAAAUCAAAUAGCAACAAUAGAUUCAGAUGUUGCCGAGGAGAAUAAUCGAGUAACUCCACCCAAUCUUACUCGAGAUCAACAGGAAGAACAUAUUCGAAAGUUGAAGAAUGAUUUUGGUGUUGUUCUCUUUAAUCUAGAAAAGAAAUUCAACUCAAAAACAGCAGUCAACAAUAUUUGUCUAAGAAUUGGUAAAUCCGAAUGCUUUGGUUUAUUGGGAUUGAAUGGAGCUGGUAAAUCAACAACUAUUUCAAUGUUGUCAGGAAUGUUUGGACCUAGCUCUGGAACUGCUUUCGUAUAUGGUAAAGAUAUUCGUACAGAAAUGGAUUCCAUUCACAAGAUUAUGGGUCUGACCUCUCAGUUCGAUAUUUUAUAUCCAGACUUGACAUGUGAAGAUCAUUUAUUAUUUUAUGCAAGAUUGAAAGCUGUCAAAAUCAAACAUGAAAAACAACACAUUCAAUCUUUAUUGAAACAAGUUGGUUUAGAUAAUGAAACUCUCAAGAUGAAGAAUUCUCCACCUUCAAAAUCACUCUCAGGAGGCAUGAAACGUCGCCUGUCAAUUGCCAUUUCCUUAAUAGGAGAUCCUAAGGUAAUUCUCUUAGAUGAACCAACCACUGGAUUAGAUCCACUUUCUAAAAGACAUUUAUGGGACAUUAUUUUAGAACAAAAGAAGAAUCGAACUGUCAUUUUGACAACUCACUCAAUGGAAGAAGCUGACGUUUUGUGUGAUAGGAUGACAAUCAUGUCAAAUGGUGAAUUUAAAUGUUUGGGAUCUGGAUUGAGAUUGAAAAAUAAGUUUGGAGAUGGUUAUGUAUUGAGUAUAAGUUAUCCGAAACAAUUCGAAAGUUUGGCUGAACAAUAUGUGCUCAAGUAUGUUCCACAAGCAAGAAAGGAUUUAAUUCUAUCAGAAACAAUGUCAAUUUUCAAAAUUCCACACUUUCCAAUAUCACUUUCUAAUAACAUUUACAUUGAAGAGGAGGAAGAAGAAAUCAAAUCUCUCUCAGGUUUAUUCAAACACAUGGAAGAAGGAAAGGUUGGAAAUGGAAUUGAGGAAUUUGCCUUGAAUCAAGAUUCGUUAGAACAAGUUUUCUUAAACAUUAUUGGCAUGCAUUCGAAUAGAAAUACUGACACUAAAGAGAAUGAAAAAUGGAAACGAAUUUUGGUCAUGUUGAAACAAUGUUUGUGGUAAAAUAAUAAAAGAAAAUUUCAUUC